CUCGUACAUACAUCCAUAUUUACCUUAUCGUCUCCUCGGCACUGAGAUAGUCACGUCUUCAUCUCUUCAACUCUUCCUGACGUCUAACCGCAUGAUCCUAAAGCACCUUGCCUUUUUUUCCUCUUGACCCGGUUCCACCACCUUACAACCCAGCCCUAUCGUCUCACCCGAGCCUCACUCUUAAAUCCUUCGCAUCCUCCUCAACUUUGGUGAACCCUUCACACACUCCCUGAGCCAGCAUCGGUGCCUUUGGCUUUCACAGAGAAUAUUGGGAGCGGCUUGGGCAUUCAAAUUCCUUGUUUAACCACUUUCAUCUCUUAAAAAUGGCUUCCUACCAGCCAACCUUCUUUACACAACCCCAAGCAAUCUACCAACCUACCCCUACAUCCUCGCACCAGGCCGAUGAGUUUUCAUCUCUGUCGUUCCCAAACUACCCUACAUUCGACUUUUUUGAACAGCAAAGCCAUCACAACAUUACGCCAUCGUUAAGAGGUCAUACUCCUAUUGACCCAGAAACACACAGGAAUGGGAGGAGCAGCAGUGAAGAAAAGGAGUUGACACCGGGACAGCGGAGACGGAAAGAACAGAAUCGAGCAGCGCAACGUGCAUUUCGGGAGCGUAAGGAACGACAUGUUAAGGAGCUGGAACACAGACUCAAGACGUUGGAGCAGCACGCAUCAGAAACAGCGUCACAAAACGAGAUACUGAAGCAAGAGCUCCAAAAGACCAAACUUGAAAACAGACUUCUGCAAGAGAACAGUCUGCGAGGCAACUCACCGCCGGCAAUGACCGAAGUGGCAAACAUGAACUUCAAGCCGACGGACCACCACAACAUCGCCAAUCCCCCUCCAGCCUUCACGUCUCCGAUAUUCGGGGAACACCCAAACAGAGGCCCGCUGCACAGGAUUUCGACGAGCCCGAAGACGGGCGAGCGACUCUUGGGUGCUGGGGCCGCGUGGGACUUGAUCGUCUGCCAUCCGUUGUACGAGCAAGGCCUUGUGGACAUCGGUGACAUCUCCGACAGGUUGAAGGGGCUCGCCCGGUGUGAUGGGCAGGGACCGGUCUUUGAGGAAAGCGUCAUCCUCGAGGCCAUUAACGCCUCAUCAGGCAGCGGCCGGGAUGAGUUGCUAAUGGAAUCUUCACCACCUGGAAUGUCUUACAAUUAAUAAACUUGAAGGAAAGGAAACCGAUUUCCCUUUUCCCUUUUUUCUCUCUCUUUUUUCUUAUCGAUUUCCCCCCCUUUGUGGGUUCCCCCCGGCCCUUUUCUCUGACUUUAUUCUAUUCUAUUCCUUUUACCAUUUUUCACUUUCCUCUCUCUCAUCCCCUGUCUCCCAUUCGAACUUGAGCCUGGGCAAAAGCUUUUUUUCUCCUUUUCUUUUUCCCUUUCCUUGCACUAUUCUCUUCUAUUCCAUUCCCUUAUCUUUUGCAAAAAAUUCCGGAGAAGUGGCGCAAUUCGGGGGCAUGGCGAAAUUGGCGUGGAUGUACGAGAUGGGAUGGGAGGGAUGCGAAAGGGGAAGGAGACAUUACACAGAAAAAACCAGAAGAAAAAAAAAACCCAAUUCAAGCCAAAAAUGUUGAAAUAUCGAAAA